AUGGGUCAAUACAUCGCCUUUGCUCUUGCUAUUAUAGCAUCUAUGAUACAUCAUCUUGAAAGCAGUCACAUUGACCCACUUAAGAUAAGCUUGAGGGAAGAACAUGCUUACUACUCUCAUGUGGAGGCAGAACCGGAUGGUAAGCCAUGGUAUGCCGAUAUAAAGAUGUACUUGGAAAAGGUAGAAUACAUCGAAAAUGCCACGAGCAAUCAAAAGAAAACCAUCCAGAGAAUGGCUAAUGGAUUCUUGAUAAACAAGGAGGUGCUCUACAAAAGAAUGCCCGAUAUUAGAUUAAUCAGAUGUGUGAAUGCCGCAGAGGCUUCCCAUUAA